UGCAGCUCUUCUGGGACUGAAUUCGAGCGCGGCAUUACUUCUGUGGGUGGCACGCGAUGCGGGGCAUCAGGGCGUUCGUGGGCUCCGCGGCCCUGUGGGCUCUGCUGGCCGCCCGCGUCGCGGCGGCGAUCGAGCCGGUGACAGUGGCUGUCGCCAUCGGGGCCAUGUCCUACCUGUCCUACCUGUCCUACUCGGGCGCGUUCUGCCGCUUCUCCGAGUGCUGCCACGAGGAACGGACCCUCAAUGCGUCUGCCCUCAAGCUGGACUUGGAGGCAAAGCUGUUUGGACAGCACCUCGCCACCGAAGUGAUUCUCAAGGCAGUGACCGGCUUCAAGAACAAUAAAAAUCCCAAGAAAGCACUGACUCUGUCCUUGCACGGCUGGGCUGGCACGGGCAAGAAUUUUGUCAGCCAAAUUGUGGCUGAAAACCUUCACCCAAAAGGCCUGAAGAGUAAUUUUGUCCACCUGUUUGUCUCUACUCUGCACUUCCCUCAUGAGCAGAAGACAAAACUGUACCAGGACCAGCUUCAGAAGUGGAUCCGAGGCAAUGUGAGCGAGUGUGGCACCUCCGUCUUCAUCUUCGACGAGAUGGAUAAGUUGCAUCCCGGGAUCAUUGAUGCAAUCAAGCCCUUCCUCGACUACUAUGAGCAGGUGGAUGGGAUUUCCUACCGCAAAGCCGUCUUCAUCUUCCUCAGUAAUGCAGGCGGGGACCUGAUAACUCAGACCGCCCUGGACUUCUGGCGGGCAGGAAGAAAGAGGGAAGAGAUCCAGCUGAAGGACCUGGAGUCUGUGCUGUCCGUGGGCGUCUUCAACAACAAACACAGUGGUCUGUGGCACAGUGGACUGAUAGACAAGAAACUCAUUGACUACUUUAUCCCCUUCCUGCCCUUGGAGUACAAACACGUGAAGAUGUGUGUGCGGGCAGAGAUGCGGGCCCGAGGGGAUGCCGUCAAUGAAGACAUCGUCACCAGGGUGGCAGAUGAAAUGACAUUUUUCCCCAAGGAAGAGAAGAUCUAUUCAGACAAGGGCUGCAAGACGGUGCAGUCACGGCUAGGUUUCUACUGAGCUCUUCACCCCCUUCAGGGCCGCCUCCCACCCCCUUUAGGGCCUUGCCUUGUGGAAACACUCUGAAGACCCCCUUGGGGCUUUGCACAUUUGCACCUGUGGACUCUGGGGCUGCUAUCAGUGCUGCACGGCAGCAGCUCAAGAUGAACUUUUAGAACCUAACACUGCUACUGUGAACCAAGUGCCUAGAAACAUCUGAAUACAGGAGGCCUAACACAGAUCCUAUGUGGCCAAGGUACCCGUGCCUCAGGUGCCACUAAUGGGCUACAGCCUUGAGGAACCAGAUCUUUCCUUCCAGGAGCACCCACCUGUGUUUGUUGUUUCUGUUUUUUGUUUUUUCCUUGCCCUGAGCUGGCACUCUAUGACAGUUUUCAGAAGCUGGUGGCAUUGACAGAUGCUUGAUCCCUGAGGGGAGCAUGUAUGUGGACUUGAUCUUGGCUGAACUGUCCGUGUGAGUAGUGGGGGCUCCCCCUGAGGCUCCUGUGGUACACUGGGACACAGCCUUUUGAGGCUAUACCUUACCUUAGCUGCUGCUCUCGCAGCCCCCGCUGUGGAAUUCUCUCGACUGUCUCCUACUGUGUAUGGGUUAUAGCCUGCCUUCGACCUCGUCCUAGCCUCAUCCUGGUCCUGUCAGAAAAGACUGAAGCUUUGGAGGUCUUUGGUUCCUGUUUGCCUGUUAAACUUACUCUGAAGGUACAGCAUGCAUAGGAAGAGUGAGCUCUGGGCAGGGCCCGCCUGGCCACACACAGUAUGCUCAGACUCCGUCCAAAGGAGUGACCACACAUACCAGAGAUGUCGGGUUUUUUUUUUUUUUAAAGAACAUGAAUAUUUUUAAAACAUGUUUUUACUUCUAAACCUUAGGAAAUAAAGUAUAAGGUGCCAUGUAUUUUAAAACCUAAGAAGUGCCCAGUCAGUGGUGGUAGUGGCCCAAGUCUUUAGCACUUGGAGUGAGGCAGGUGGACCUCUAAAUUUGAGGGCAGCCUGAUCUACAAAGUGAGUUUCAGAACAGCCAGGGCUGUUACAUAGAGAAACCCUGUCUCAAAAACCAAAAACUUAGGAAGGACAUAAAAUAGAAUAAGUAUUCUUAGUAUUCCCAGGCUUUUAUUGUUGGUGGGUGUGGGGGCACAAUGCCCAUCAUCCUAGCAGGAAGAUCAGGAUUCAGGGUUCCUCUGCUGUGUUGUGAAUUUGAGGCCAGCUUGAGCUACAUGAAACUCUUUAAGGGGGGGGGUGUUAGGGCCAAAUGUGCAGCGUGGAAUGAAAUGGACACAAUUUUAGACUCCAUGGUCCCCCAGUUUGUGGUGGGUCCCGGAUGUACUCUCAGGGUCAUGUCCUUAGGCAGCACUGGGCCAGGCUGCUCUGACGGUAGGAAAGCUGGGCUGCAGUUCCGGCCUUUUGAGCCGCUCUGUCCCACAGUCUCCGUGCUGCCACAGACAUGAGAACUCUGCCCUGUGUUUACAGAAUGUGGGGGAAUGACUAUUUUUCUAACAUGGAAACGCCUUAUAGAGAAUCACAUUUAGUCUUUUAAAAAUGCCAAAGUAACAGCCAGAGAGACGGCUCAGGGGGCAGAGCGCCCAACCGCUCCGCCCGAGUUCGAUUCUCGGCCUGGCACCGCAUGUAGUUCUGUGACCGUCAGUCAGUGCCGCCCGGCGGCCUGCAGAACGACUCACACACAGUAUCCCACUGUCUACGUAAAGUACGUAGAGUAGUAGGCAAAAAACAAACAAACAAAAAGCCAAGGUGAACUGGGUGUGGUGGUGCACACCUUUAGUCCCAGUACGUGGGAGGCCAUGGUAGGAUUCUCAAACUUUGAGGCCAGUCUAGGCCACCACACAAGGGAAUAGCAGGCCCGUGGUGUACAUGCCUGUAAUCUUAGCACUUUAGGAAGACGAGUUUAAAACCAGCCGAGCUACAUACCCUGUGUCAAAGCAAAGAGGAGACAAAGCCUGCCAGAGUGAGGCUGACUUCCAUGUCAUGUUGUUGAGUUGGAGCCAAGUCACCAUUUAACCUGUUGAGUCCCUGUCAAGAAGAAACAAGCUUUUCUGUUUACAAUGAUGCAAUAUGUGGACACGUGUUGGCCACCUUUGGACUGCUGCUGUUAUUGAUCUGUAACCUGGAAAGGCCAGGCCUGCCCCAGCCUCCCCACCCUGCCUGUGAGAAGGCUUGAAGAGAGCUGGACGCAGACUAAUAAAGCCAGUGCAAUGUCACUUUUA